AUGAACGCUCAGCCAGUCGGUGCCCCUCUCACCCGUUCAGCCAUCUUUCUAGUACUAUCCUUAACAGAUCCCGCAUCCCCCUCCAUCGUCCGUUCAACAUUGGCCAACAUCUCGAGUCUAUCCAAGAGCGUCUCCUUCCUUAGAUCAAAGGCGCUCAGCAUACUGCUGUUUUCCAGUCCUGGCGACCUUCUCUUCCACAUCCGUAGUGAUCGCCAUGAUCUAUGCUUCGAAUUUGAACGCCAGCUCAUGAAAAGCUUGGGCAGUGCGGUGAAGCUGGUCGACGAGACCGUGGGAUUUCGCUACUUCGUUUCCCGAGAUCUCCUAGGUUUUAUCGACGGCAAUGCAAAUCCCGAGGGCGUCAAUGCCCAGGCUUCCACCUUGAUCACCGCAGACGACGACCCCAAUGCAGCCGGCGGAAGCUACGUUCUGGUGCAAAAAUAUCUACACGAUCUGACUGCCUGGCAAGCGCUUUCCGCCGAAAAACAAGAACAAAUCAUUGGCCGUACCAAGUUCGAUAAUAUCGAGCUUGGGGACACCGAGGACGGCCAGCAGUGUUCGCACAAGACCCUCAAUACCGUCGGGGACGCGAAUGGCGAGGAAGAGGAUAUCCUUCGCGAUAACAUGCCUUUCGGCUCUCCUGGCGCUGGUGAGUUCGGAACUUACUUUAUUGGGUACACUCGUCCGCUGUGGGUGAUAGAGAAGAUGCUGGAACGCAUGUUUGUAGGCCACCCUCCGGGUUUACACGAUCGGGUUUUGGAUUACUCGAAGCCAGUCACUGGCACGGUGUUUUUUGCACCGUCGGUGGAUGUUUUGCAAGGUCUUGCAGAUUGA